AUGCCGUCACUCUGUCCAACAUGGUCACUUCCUCAACGGCAAACAGCCGUCGUGGCACAGGGACCAGGAAAGCUCGCAAUCCAACACGACAUACCCAUUCCUCAAUUGGCUGAUGACAUGGUCAUUGUCAAAACUUCUGCGGUUGCCAUCAACCCUGCUGACGCAAAAAUGCUCGACUACAGCGCAGCAGUUGGGGCAAUCCAUGGUUAUGACUUCGCUGGCAUCGUUGUAGCCCUGGGAGCCGACGCUCUUACAGCGGGACGCCUAUCAGUGGGUGAUAGGGUAGCCGGCCUGGUCCAUGGCAUGAAUACGUUGAAGAAGGACGUGGGCGCCUUUGCUGAAUAUGUGGGGGCGUACGCGGAUUUGCUGUUGAAGAUUCCAGAACAUAUGAGCUUCGAAGAAGCCGCGACCCUUGGGACCGGAACUGCCACAGCUACGUUAGGCCUCUUCCAUGAGCUGCGUGUACCCGCAUCUUUAGAGCAGCUGCAAUAUGAUCAGUCGGCGAAGGAUGAGUCCCCGGAAACGCAUGAGGGCAAGGAGUUUGUUCUGGUUGCCGGCGGCAGCACCGCGACUGGCACACGUGCUCUUCAACUGCUUAAACAAGCUGGUCUACGCCCCAUUGCGACUUGCUCGACAGCCAACUUCGACUUGGCCCGCCGCUUUGGUGCCGAAAUGGUGUUCGACUAUCGCAGCCCGACAUGUGCAGCGGAUAUUCGUACAGCCACGGGAGGCGAGUUGGCUUAUGCUCUUGACUGCGUCACCCAAGCCGACACGACCCAGCUCUGCUACGCUGCCAUCGGCCGUGCCGGUGGCCGGUACGUGUCUCUUGAGCCUUUCCGGGAAGCUAUCGCACAGAGUCGCUCCUUGACUAUUCAGCCGUCGUGGGUUAUGGUCCUUACAAUCUUCGGUCACAAAGUCGCCUUGGACGGAGAAUAUGGUCGUGAAGCGCGGCCUGAAGACAGGGAAUUUGGAGCUCGGGCAUUUACAGCGGUCCAAGCGCUGCUGGAUCGUGGUUUGUUGGAUACCCACCCGGCUAAGGUCCAGAGUGGGGGCUGGGAAGGGGUCAUUCGUGGUGUUGAUAUAAUUCGCAGUCAGGCAAUGUCUGGAGAGAAACUUGUGUAUGUCAUCUCAUAG